CAUCCAGGCGCUCACCGUUUCGGCGUUCCCGCGAAACGCCAAUUCACAAGCGCCAGUAGUUUGUCUCGCGCGAAAGAAGAGAGAAUCGUGCCCUUGUUUCCGUCUUCUGUCAAGUUUUCUAUAAUCGUCUACGUGCGUAAGACCGUGAAUGCAUUCUUUGAUACGGAAGUCCGAUGUGAAAAUCGCAAUCGAAGGCAACGUGGAUCGAGAGGAGAAACACAUGUGCGUGACGCGCAGCUGCGUGGCUUCGGCGGGCUUUUGCACCUUCCGUUUGCCGCGCACGACCCUUUGAGCCCGAUGCGCCUCGUCCUAACAUCAGGACACGUAUCUAUUAACCCAAUCGACGUCGAUUACUGUAUUCCGAGGGGUAAUUUUGGCCGUAUGAGCUGAUCGAGCGUGGCAUCUCGUCGAAGGGACGCCGAUCGUGGAAUCGCAUUCGGACGGUCAGAGAAAUCGCAGCCUACACGUGGAAAGGGAGGUAUUUAGGAAUCCAGGUAUUACGACAUUGUUACGCGUGAAAUUGUGUUAGAAAAAUCUGGAAAAUCUGCCCCCUCUUUGAGGUUAUGUAGCGCAUAUAGAGGGCGUUACGGGACAUGCAGGGGUUGGUCAUCAUUUCGCGCGCUGUACUCCCGCGCUUCGAGAUCCACGUCCUCAAUUUUUACCGGAAUAUCGUUAAUUCGCGGCUCGCUCGUACCGCAGAAUAGCUUGUAAAAGAGACGAAUAAAUUUUCCGAUCGUCGAAAUCGUCGCCGAAUGAAAAUUGUGAGACGAUAUAUCGAAUCAAAGGCGGCACAAGAGGAUGUGCAUUAUGGCGAUCGGGUGCGUGUAGGCUUCGCGCGCUCCUCCGUUUUUCAUCAUUUUCCCAGCGAAAUUGUCGCACCUAGAUCGAGGAAAUUGGACGAAAGCUUCAUCAGAGAAUCUCCGCUAUCACGGACACUUGGAAGGAAAUUCUGACGGCAAAUAUUUUUCCUACAGGUCGAUAAUCACGCGACAAGAUGCCACAGACUAGUUUGCAGGAGAAAAAGUCGUUGCAAACUUACUUGCAAGGAGGCAAGGCACAGUCUUUAAAACGUAAGAGACGUACAACAGAACUUUCAGAGGAUUCGGAAAACAUAUAUCCACCUGCUAAAGUAGCAGCAUUGUCUCAUGUCUCGUAUACGGAAUCUUGUCAUAGUACACAUUCAGUAGAUACUGCAUGCACUCCUCAACAUCAGACAUCCCCAUUGAAAGAACAGCAAGAACCAGCUACAUGGUCGGAAUUAAGAACUUCAACUUGUUUUUUAACACCAUCAGCCUCUAAUAGCACAUCUAUUAGACCUAGUCCAUUACCAUCUCUUCCAUGGGCCGAUGGCACCCUAGUAUGGUCUCUUAUGUGCCUUGGGGAUGAGAAAACUUUAAUUCAGAGAGAUCCAGAAAUGUUCCAAAGACAUCCAACAUUGCAGCCACAGAUGAGAGCAAUUCUAUUGGAUUGGUUAAUUGAAGUUUGCGAAGUGUAUAAACUACAUAGGGAAACUUAUUACCUUGCCAUGGACUAUAUAGAUAGAUAUCUGUCUAUUCAUCGCGAUUUACCCAAGAAUCAAUUGCAACUCAUAGGAAUAACUUGUCUUUUUAUUGCAUCUAAGGUUGAAGAAAUAUAUCCACCCAAAAUCGCGGAAUUUGCAUACGUUACGGAUGGAGCCUGUACAGAGGAAGAAAUUUUAGGAAAAGAGUUAGUCAUCUUAAAAGGACUUGGGUGGAAUUUGUCUCCGAUAACUGCUCCAGGUUGGCUCAAUAUUUACAUGCAAAUUGAGUCAGGCGACUCGUCCAAACCAAACACUUUUAUAUACCCACAAUACGGUGGACUGCAAUAUUCUCAAGCGGCUCAAUUAUUAGAUUUGGCAACUUUGGAUGAAGGUUGUUUAAAGUUUCCAUACAGUCACAUAGCCGCAGCAGCAAUUUAUCAUACUCAAGGAAGAGAGUGCGCAAUAAGAGUAUCCCGGCUUUCAUGGGAACAGCUUGCUCCCUGUGUCAAAUGGCUCACAGCAUUUGCCACUACUGUCGCAGAAGAGGAAUCCCAGUCUCUUUUAAGGUCUACAAUCACAUCUAUAGAAUCACACUCUGGAUCUGGAUUGAAGGCCACUGUACCUAAUAUUGUUAUGGACGAAUCGCAUCGUAUACAGACUCAUGUAGUUGAUUUGAAUAUGUUAGAAAGAGCCCAGCAACGAUUGGUUGGAGGAGUUCUGAAUGGUUAUGCGAACGAUUCAGACACGAAUAUUGAAUCUGGUAGACAAAGCCCGAACGAGAGUGGCCUUUUAACUCCACCAUCUAGUAAUCAAAAAAAUUCUCCAUUGUCAUCGUGUCCUACACCACAGUUACAUCCUUACACAUAACCAAGUAAUUGCAAGCAUUUUUUCUACUACAUAUGGUAAAUUGUUGUUUACUAUAUUCGGUCGUCAAUUACUCAGCAGUUACAAUGAUUUAUAUAGGAUUAUAUUUAUAUUUUUUAAUAGUGUAUUUUGGAAAAAGCAAUGCCACAUGCAAAUAUGAGAAAAUGCUGAUUGGGCGUUGUGAUAUAUUUUUGUAUAUAACAUGUUUUCUAAUCGCAUUCAUCGUUACAAUUGAAUGAUUGGAUUUUAGUAAUAAGAUUCAGUAAAAGACAUCAAACAUUUUUUAAAUGUGCACCACACAGCACACUCAGUUUAACAUCACUUAAUAUAUCAAAUUAAAAAAGUGGCUUUGUAUUUAUAAAAGUUCUUCAAAAAACAUUUAUGGACUUAAAAUAGGAGCCAUAUACAUGGCUAUUUUCUGUGAUUAUAUCCAUGCACUGAAAUUUCACAUUUUAUAUUAACAGUAGGAUUAACUUAUGUUUAUUAUUUUACAAAUAUAAGUUUAAGAAGAGAGAGAAAUGUUUGUGCCUGGAAGAAGUGCCCUUAAAUAAAUAUUUCUACCUGAUUUUAAGAGAGAAAGAGAGAGUGCAUUGUGAAUAGUAUUCUUUUAUACGACAUGCUUUAUUGUAAUGCAAUGUAUUACGGCAGCGCUUUAUUGUGUCGGAUGCAUGUAUUUUUAUGUAUAUGUAUAUUAUGGAGAAUCUAUUAUAAAAAAUCUUUAUUCUUCUCUCUUAAAUUGGAGUGAAGAGAGAUGAGCGAGAGAUGAGCGAAAGGAUCGAGCGUAAUGAUAAAACGAAAAAAAAAGACUAAUAAUCCUUAAUGAGUAAGCAUUAAAAUUUUGUGGUGAAUUUUGCACUGCCCGGCAUGUAAUAAUAACGCGGCAGUUUAUACAUAUUUGUAGAGUUUGACAAUAAAUAAAUUUGCAAAUUUAUGGCAAUGUAAA